AUGCUGGACGCCUCUGCCGGCUUCACUCUCAAGCAGAUCACCAAGCUCUACCGCGACCGUAUGCUGUUCUGGCACUCGGACAAGUUCCACUAUCCUCUCCACCCCGAUCAUGAGUUGAAGAUCGAGAAGUGCGUGUCGUGCCUCUCCACCUGCAUCUUCCCCGACAAGACGACCUACCCCAUCGACGAGACCAUGAUCCACAACGGACCCCCUCACCCCUCCAACGAGGGCUACGCCUACGCCAAGCGCAUGAUCGACGUUCAGAACAGGGCCUACCACGAAGAGUACGGCUGCAACUUCACGUCGGUCGUUCCCACCAACAUCUUCGGCAAGUGGGACAACUUCAACCUCGAGGAUUCGCACGUGAUGCCUGGCCUCAUGCACAAGCUCUACUUGGCCAACAAGAACAACACCGACUUUGUGGUGUGGGGCACGGGCAAGCCGCUUAGGCAAUUUAUCUUCGCUCUCGAUCUGGCCCGCCUCAUGAUCUGGGCCGUGCGCGACUACAACGAGGUGGACCCGAUCAUCCUCUCCGUGGACGAAAACGACGAGAUCUCUAUCAAGGAGGUGGCCGACAUGAUCGCCGAGGCCAUGGGCUACCCGCUGGACAGGAUCAAGUACGACACGUCCAAGUCCGAUGGUCAGUUCAAGAAGACGGCGAGCAACAAGAAGCUCAGGACCUACCUGCCCGAGUUCCAGUUCACUCCCAUCAAGGAUGGCACGUGGUUCCCACUUCCUGAGACGGUGGAGUGGUUCAUGGCCAACUACGAGGUCGCCCGCAAGUGA